AUGACCAUGCCAGAAAAUGUUGAGAACAACCAAACACAGGUCACAGAAUUUCUCCUACUGGGUCUCGGAGACCUCAAGAACUUCAGGAUUUUACUUUUUAUUGUCUUUCUUAUCCUUCAUAUUAUGGGCUUAACCAGCAACAUCCUUGUCCUUAUCUUGGUGGCAUUCCACCGGGUCCUUCACUUUCCCAUGUACUUCUUCCUCAGCCAGUUGUCUUUGUGCGAACUCCUCUUCAUCAGCGAAAUUGUGCCCAACAUAUUAUGGCUGACGCUGGCCGGCAGCGGGAAAGUGUCCGUUUUCAGAUGUAUUUUUCAUUUUUUUCUGCUUUCAGUUCAGACCAUCACCCAGUGCUUGCUGCUGGCCUCCAUGUCCUUUGACAGGUACGUGGCCAUCUGCAGACCGUUACAUUACACCGUCAUCAUGACAUUUCCAAAUCAGCUUCAAAUGGUCAUCUUCCCCUGGUUGCUUGGCCUAGCGCUUUCUGUCAUGCUUUACGUUUUCAUAAAUAAAUUAUCUUUUUGUGACCUUAAUGUCAUUAAUAACUUUUCUUGUGAUAUUCCGGAACUCAUUCAAGUCUCGUGUUCCGAUACGUAUUUUAUAGAUUUGAUUACAUCUGUGACUUCCUUUGUUGUAUUUGUACUACCACUAAUGUUCAUCAUAGCGACCUACAUCUUCAUCCUUCGAGCCAUCCUGAAGAUCCCGACCACCACCGGCAAACAGAAAGCCUUCUCCACGUGCAGCUCCCACCUCAUGGUUGUAUCCAUGUACUAUGGCACUUUGUGUUCCGUGUAUCUAGCCCCAUCCGGAGAGAGCUCUGUAACCGCCAACAAAUCCCUGACUUUGCUUUACACCUUGUUGACUCCUCUGUUCAACCCUCUGGUCUACAGCUUGAGGAACCAGGAGAUAAGGACAGUCAUUUUUAACUGUCAGAUUCUUUACAUUCGGGAUCGGAAUGUCAGCGAAGAAGCAGAAGCUGUUACAGAAUAA